AUGGUGAAACGCGGCUGGGACGCCCACGUGCUGGGCGAGGCGCCCAACAAGUUCACCAGCGCGGUGGAGGCCGUGAAGAAGCUCAGGGGCAGCCCCGAGGACCCCAUCUCUGACCAGUACCUGCCCGCCUUCGUCAUCGUCGACGAGAAGGGGGAGCCGGUGCGCGCACAGCGCAGCGUGCCUUGGGGUGCACGUCAUGGCGGCACAGGGGGGGGGGGAUUCAGCACUCACAUGCUGCGCUUGAAGCGGAGCGGGUAG